AUGCCAAUAGAUGUCACUAAAAAUAGUUUAAAGACUCUAGAAAAGGUGACAAACAAACCGAAAAAAUGCUGUAAUGCUGAAUCUGAGAAUCCUCAAAUACAAUUGGGAGUUGAUACAAAAGAAAAACAAAACAAGGCAUCAACCAAGGAAUAUGCUGUAGGGCAAUUCCAGGGUAAUGCUGAAUCUGAGAAUGUUGAAACACAGGUCUUUGAUAAUUUAGAAAAACAAAACGAACCGGAUACAAAUGAAUCGCCAACCUCGAAAUAUGCUGGAGGACAAUUUCAGGGUUAUACUGAAUCAGGGAAACGCGAUGCUACUUCAUCAAUAGAAGCAAUCAAAGAGACAGUUACUAGGAACACCAAUGCUGCUGAAUCAAUUGAAGUGAUUGAGCAAUUACAAACGAUCGAGAAUGUCAAUGCAACUGAAUCAAUCAAACCAAGAGAAGUGAAAAUUGAGGAAUUGGAAUCAACCGAUUUAAUUUCGGGGAAACGUGAUGCUAUUUCAUCAAUAAAAGCAACCAAAGAGACAGUUACUAGGAACACCGAUGCAACCGCUUCAGUAGAAGUGAGUGAGCAAUUACAAACGACCGAUAAUGCCAAUUUAACUGAACCAAUCGAACCAAGAGAAGUGAAAAUUGAGGAAUUGGAAUCAACCGAGUUAAUUUCGGGGAAACGAGAUGCUAUUUCAUCAAUAGAAGCAAUCAAAGAGACAGUUACUAGGAAGACCGAAGCUGCAGAAUUAAUUGAAGUGAUUGAACAUUUUCCAUCAAAUAAGAAUGCCGAAUCUACUGCAUAUAUCCUAGAAACCAAAGUCAAAACUGAUCAGUUAGAAUCAAACGAGUCAGUUAUUGGAAAAGCCGAUGUAAUUGCAUCAAUCGAAGCCACCGAAGUAAAAAUUGAGCAAUUAGAAUCAAUCGAGUUAAUUUCGGAGAAACACGAUGCUACUUCAUCAAUAGAAGCAACCAAAGAGACAGUUACUAGGAAUACCGAUGCAACCGCUUCAAUAGAAGUGAGUGAGCAAUUACAAACUACCGAUAAUGAUAAUUUAACUGAAUCAAUCGAACCAAGAGUAGUGAAAAUUGAGGAAUUGGAAUCAACCGAUUCAAUUUUGGGGAAACGCGAUGCUACUUCAUCAAUAAAAGCAACCAAAAAGACAGUUACUAGGAACGCCGAUGCUGCUGAAUCAAUUGAAGUGAUUGAACAUUUACUAUCAAAUAAGAAUGCCGAAUCUACUGCAUAUAUCCAAGCAACCAAAGUCAAAACUGAUCAGUUAGAAUCAAUUGAGACAGUUAUUGGAAAAGCCGAUGCAAUCGAAGUAACCGAAGUAAAAAUUGAUCUAUUAGAUGUUACUUCAUUGAUGGAUGCAACUAAAGAGACAGUUACCAGGAACACCGAUGCAUUUCCUUCAAUAAAAGUGAUUAGGCAAUUGCAAACGAUCCAUAAUGCCAAGGCAUCUGCAUCAAUUGAAGCAACCAAAGUAAAAAUUGAUCAAUUAGAAUCAACCGAGUUAAUUUCAGAGAAACACGAUGCUACUUCAUCAAUAGAAGCACCCAAAGAGACAGUUACUAGGAACACCGAUGCAACCGCUUCAAUAGAGUUGAUUAAGCAAUUACAAACGAUCCAGAAUGCCAAUGCAACUGAAUCAAUCGUACCAAGCAAAAUGAAAAUUGAGAAAUUGGAAUCAACCGAUUUAAUUUCGGAGAAAUCCAAUGCUAUUUCAUCAAUAGAAGCAACAAAAGAGACAGCUACUAGGAACACGGAUGCUUCUGAUUCAAUUGUUGUGAUUGAACAUUUUCCAUUAAAUAAGAAUGACGAUACUAUUGCAUAUAUCCAAGCAACCAAAGUCAAAGUUGAGCAAUUAGAAUCAACUGCGUCAGUUAUUGGAAAUCCCAAUACAAUUGCAUCAAUCAAAGUGAAAACUGAGCAAUUACAUUCAACCGAGAUAGUUACCGGGAACUGCGAUGCAACUGCUUCAGUAGAAGUGAUUGAGCAAUUACAACCGAACGAGAAUGCCAAUGCAACUGCAUCAAUUGAACCAGUCGAAGUAAAAAUUGAGGAAUUAGAAUCAACCAAGUUAAUUUUGGGGAAACCAGAUGCUACUUCAUCAAUAGAAGCAUCCAAAGAGACAGUUACUGAGAACUCUGAUGCUUCUGAAUCAAUUAAAGUGAUUGAGCAAUUACAAAAGACCGAGAAUGCCGAUGCAACUGUAUCAAACGAACCAAUCAAAGUGAAAAUUGAGGAAUUACAAGCCACCGAGUCAGUUACUGGUAUUACCGGUGCAACUGCAACAACCGAAGCAACUAAAGAAAAAACUAACCAAUUACAAUACACCGAGACAGUAACUGGGAACUCCAACGCAAAUACAUCUAUCGAAGCCAUAAAACCACUACAGUCGACUGAGAGUUCCGAAGCAACUACAUCAAACGAACCAAACGAAGUGAACGUUAAGCAAUUAACGGAGACACUUACUAGGAACGAUGUUGGGCUGCCUAACAAUCUAGCAGAAGUCACACAAAAACCCAAAGGUCAAUUAAAAACCGAAACAAAAAUCUCACAAAAUAAAGUAGAUAAAGGAGAAAAUCAAGGCAGUAACUUAAACAAAAAGGAAGUUUUCAGAGCACCUCGUUAUCUACAGAUGACAUGGGGUGAAAAACGUCGUUUCAAAGAAGCAUUAACAUCUGGAUAUACUCGUAAGGAGGCUAUCCAAAUUGCAAAGACGCCCAAUGUCGCAGAUGUUUUUUCAGAUAAGAAGCAACCAAAUGAAAAAACUGAGGCAAAGCUCCUCGUUGAUAAAAAUAAAACGGUUAAGCAAUCUGAUCCACAAACCGAUAGAUCCGGGAGAAAAACGUUAGGCCAAUGUUUGGACAAAUCUGACGCAAAGACGCCCAAUGUCACAGAAGAAGUUUUUUCAGAUAAGAAGCAACCAAGUGAAAAAACUGAGACAAAGCUCCUCGUUGAUAAAAAUAAAACGGUUAAGCAAUCUGAUCUACAAAGCGAUAGAUCCGGGAGCAAAACGUUAGGCCGAUGUUUGAACAAAACUGACGCAAAGAAGACGACCAACGUCGCAGCUGUUUUGUCCGAUAAGAAGCCAUCAAAUGAAAAAACUGGAGCAAAGGUCUUCAAAGAUAAAAAUAGAACUGUUGAGCUAUCUGAUCCACAAACCGAUAAAUCCGGGAGCAAAACGUUAGGCGAAUGUUUGAAGAAAACUGAAGUGUGUACUGGAAGACCUUUUGUUAAAAAGGCAUUGAAAAAUAGAUUACGUCGAGACCAGGCUGUAGAAGUAGCUAUGUUUUCGUAUAAUAAGCAAACUAAUCAUACUCGCACCGCAGACGAUGUAGCUCCUUUAGAAAAAAAGCUUAAACUGGCAAACACUAACACCAGCAGCAACACAAGUAAUGUAAACAAAAAUCGCAUAAAUAAUUUAUUGAGUCGAGACCAGGAUGUCGCUAAGAUUUCCUACGAUAAGAAAGACAAUACUAAACGUGUUGGCUUUGAUGAGCAUAAAGUUUCUGACAUCACUAGUAAUGUGAGCAAAACCCGCAUUAAUGUUGGAUUAACUCGAGAACUCGAGUUUUCCUGUACUAAGAAAGGAACUACUAAACACGUUCUAGACGAUGAGUAUGAAGCUCCUUCUGCUAAAAAACUUAAACCGUCCAACAGCAACAACUCAAAUGAAAAACAUAAGAACUCAGGAACCAAUAAGAACUCACGCCUAAUACGAGGUUAUUUUCCUUUAAGCCGGAAGUACUCAAGUGAAAAGAUUCUGUACAUUAUAGCUGCACAGAAUAAACUGAAUACUAGGUUGUGGAAGAUUAUUAGGAGAAAGGAUGACGUUGGAUUCAUACAACUUAUUCUCGACAUAGAUGAUAAUUCAUGGAACCAACUGGUUAAGAUGAAAGGAGAAAUUUUUUACCGCUUCUCCCUUUUGAAAUUAAUGAUUUUCAAAUUUAAUAAAACUGAAAAUUUUGGUAUUCCCCCACCUCCAGAGCUGCUGCCACAAAUCUAA